AUGCUUGCCACAACCUUCAUUCUGUCAUGGUUCAAGCCUAAACAAAGAGAUGCCGCUUCAGUACAACAAGCCACCGGUGGUACUAUGCGGUCUACCAGUGAUACGUCAUUUGUAUCUUGCGCCAUCAACAAUAAGUUGGUUAACGUUACUAUGGCUGAAGAAGAUUCAGACUUGGUGGCCAUUGAUUGUCAGCCUUUGACUUAUGCUGAAGUUGCCUCCUUAGCUCCACCUUCCAAAUCAAAGCCCUUAUCUAAAAAUGGAGCAGCGGCAGCUGCUGCCGCUGCCAUUCCUGUGUCCGAAGAUAAGGAGGAACAAUAUGGUGCUGGCACCACUGUUGGAGUACCGCUUACUAGUGAAUACGAUUUGACUAAAAGCGGUUACCAUUACAAGAAGAGUCUGAUGGAAAAGAAGAAACAACAUGCAUUUGUUGAGAAUAAAAAGAAAAAGCAUAAGAAGAAUCCCAAAAAGAUCAAGAGCUAA